AACUCUAGUUCAUGGUUGAAGUUAAGGGGUAAGUAUACUUUGUAGGUUAUGUUAUCGAUCUACUAGAUUUUCAACUUUUAUUGAUAAUUUUUAUUCUUUUGAAAGUAAAGAUGUUGAUAAUUGACGGGAUGUCUGUAUAUGGAACAUUUUUGGCAUUGCAUAGGAGUCAGCUCGAGGCGUCUUGUGUCCCUGAGCAUUUUUGGCAAACAUUGUGUAAUAAAGUUGCAGAUGAAGUUUUCGAUGCUGGCAACACCUUCAAUAUAAUGAAGAUAGAACCAGACGAUGGUAGCAGACCUUCGUGUAAGGUAAUCGUAAAUGCGGCAGGUGGAGUUCAAGUUGAAGACCCCACACACAUAUAUCUCAUUGACCAUGCAUGGACCUACAGGGGUGGUGAAGCGCGGCUUCACCUCGAGCGGAUACCGGGCCUGCUCGACAGGAUGCUGAACCUCAUGGGGAUCAGCCCUUGUGUCACGGAGGAAGAAUCAGUUAAGUUGGUCAUGAGAGAAAUGUGGCGGUUCAAUCGUACUUACACCAUUAGGUCACCAACAGAUGAAAGUGCAAGGCUCCCGGUGUGGUAUAUAAUGGAUGAAUUUGGUUCAGCGAUACAGCAUUCAGAUGAACCGACCUUUAGAUGUAUUCCUUUUUUUUAUCUGCCUGAUCAAAUUCCUUAUUCUAUACUGUUUCCAGUUAAGAAUGUCGAAAUUGGUGGUGAAGUUACUAUUGAUUUUGUUGAAGGUCCUGAAAGAGAUCCAUUGGUAAGAACUGCCUGUUUGCUUCCAUGGAUCACUUCUUUAUUUCUUAAUGAAGAUUUCACACAGUCAGAACCAGAUGAUGAGUAUUUUCUUGAAGGACACAUUCAGGAGACUAUUUGUAGUAGUUGGAAUGAUGGUGCAGACAUAAGGUCUUCAGCUAGCGCAGAAAAAUUAAAAGUUUAUUCUGAAUACUCUUUGGUGAAUGAAUAUCUUUCAGAUCCUAGAUUUGAAAUUACGGAUGACGAAGAAACUGCAAAUAUCUUGUGGUAUACGACACAUUUCCGUGAUUAUGAAAAGUUAAGCGAGUCAAAAAUUGUUAAGUUUGUUAACCAGUUUCCGUAUGAACAUGUUAUAACUAUUAAAGACUUACUGGCCAUUGUUUGUCGUCGUGUUAAUAAUGGGACCGGCUGUGAUUCUCUGUCACUGGAAACAUAUCCAUUGUGGCUUCCGACUACGUACAAUUUGAAGACAGAGCUUCCCAAAUUCGUCAGUUAUUUCCAACACAGGGAAGCUAAAGGUCUGGACAAUCAUUGGAUUUGCAAGCCUUGGAACUUGGCCCGAGGACUGGACACACACAUCACCAACGACAUAAACUGCAUCGUGAGGUUACCCUUUACCGGUCCCAAAAUUGCUCAGAAAUACGUGGAAGACCCGGUGCUGUACUACCGCCCGGGAUGCGGCGGUGUUAAGUUCGACGUGAGGUACGUAGUGCUGCUGAAAAGCAUGUGCCCCGUGGUCGCCUACGUGCACAGGAAGUUUUACCUCCGCUUCGCCAACGCGGCGUUCGAUUUGGACGGCCUGGACGUGUAUGACAAGCACUUUACGGUCAUGAACUACGAGAGAGGGGCAGAGCUCUACCACAAGCGAUGCGACGAGUUUGUGCCCGAGUUCGAGGCCCAGCACGGUUUGGUUUGGUCGGACGUGGAGCGGGACAUAGUGUCCAUGCUGCGUGCGGUCUUGGACAUGGCGGCAAGCGAGCGGCCCCCGCGCGGCAUCGGCCGGUGCCCUCUGUCCCGCGCCCUGUACGCGGCCGACGUCAUGCUGGCGUGGCGGGCGGACGGCGACGGGCGCCGCGCUGUGCAGCCCAAGCUGCUGGAGAUGAACUGGGCGCCUGACUGCCAGAGGGCGUGCCAGUACUACCCUCGGUUCUACGACGACGUGUUCGCCCUGCUCUUCCUGGACGAAGUCAGAGACGACGUGUUCCUGCAGCUGUGAACGCUUUUUAAACUUGCGAUGAGAAUAUUCCUUAUGGUGCUAAUGUUUCAUAUGAUUUUUUUUUUUUCGUGUGGAAAUUUUAUUUAUCAUAUUUGUAAUUGCUAUCACGUAUUUAAUUUUAUUUCAAGCGUGAUAACUUUUGGUAACUCAGUAUAUGUUCUGUAUCGUCUUUGUUGCAUUUUUACGAAUGAGACUUUUUAAAUUUAAAUAAUAGGCUUUAAAUUUUAAAACCAUUGAUUUUGGUUUACAGGGUCCAUUAGAAAAUAUGUCAUCAAAGUGGAAAUUGUACCAGGUAAGAGUUUUUCUCAGAAAAUUGAAAUAAAAUUCUAAAAAUUCCAAA